AUGACUUUAACUGGAAGCUGCAUGUGCGGCAGUAUUGCUUACACCGUUGAAGCCGACACGUAUGUGUCCGCCCUGUGCCACUGCACCGACUGCCAGAAGUGGUCUGGCGGUGCAUUUACCUCCAACGCAGUGGUUCCCCGCGCCAGCUUCAAAGUGACAAAGGGUACCCCCAAUUCCUACGAUGGGAUCGGAACCAGUGGAAAGAUCAACAAGCACUUUUUCUGCCCAACCUGCGGCUCGAGUCUCUACACAGAACUAGAGAUCAUGCCCGAUAUGACUUGCAUCAAGGCUGGGACCCUAGACGGUGGAGAGGCUAAUUUUAAGGGAAAGGUUGACGUCGAGUUCUAUGUCAAGGAUCGUCCGGCUUAUCUCGUUGCUGUUGAGGGCGCUAAGCAGGAGCAAUUGCUUGGUUGA